CAAAACCACACUUACGCACUCCUGAGCAGCAAACAAGCUCACGCUGACGUUUGUCGUCUUCUUGUCUUCCAUCGCCCAAAGACUAUGCCGUGCGCCUGUGCAGGGGCAGAAAGGUUGUUAUCUGCAGAGUGGCCAUAAAUGGCGAACAGCAAAUACGAAUAUGUGCGCGGGUUCGAGCAGCCCGACAACCUAAUCCCCAACACCUGGAUCGUAGUGCGGAUAGACGGACGUGGCUUUUCCAAGUUUACGUCCAAAUAUGAGUUCCUCAAGCCAAACGACAAGAAUGGCCUUGAUGUCAUGAAUGCUGCAGCCGUAGCGGUCAUGAAGGAACUACCCGACCUUGUCCUUGCAUUUGGCAACAGCGACGAAUACAGUUUCGUCUUUCACAAGGACUGUGCCUUAUUCGAACGACGAGCCAGCAAACUGACUACGACGAUUGUCUCGACUUUCACUGCUUACUAUGUGUAUUCUUGGUCAACAUACUUUCCGGAUAAGCCACUUACACCACCCCUACCGACAUUCGAUGGGCGUGCAGUGUUGUACCCAAGCGAUCGCAACCUUCGGGACUAUAUGAGCUGGCGGCAAGUCGAUUGUCAUAUCAACAAUCUAUACAACACCACUUUCUGGACACUUGUUCAGCAAGGUGGCAUGGGAGCGCGAGAAGCAGAGCAAAGACUCAAAGGCACAGUGUCAUCCGACAAGAACGAGAUUUUGUUCAAGGAGUUCGGGAUCAACUACAACAACGAACCAGAGUGCUUCAAGAAAGGCACGGUGUUGUACAGAGACUUCUUCUCUACCCCACCAACCAAGGAAUUGUCGUCGCCCGUGCUAGCGGACUUCCCAACGCCGCCGAUAGCUCAGCCAACACCAAAGCGAGCAUCCAAUCACCAGGCAUCACAGUCCAUUGAGAGGUCCAUUCCUUAUCUGCCGGACAAAAGAGAGAUGAUGGAGAACCCGGGUCUAUGUAGACGUCCAACCUUUCUCUCCACAACAUCAACGCCAUCACCGCCGCCAUCACCACCUACCAUGUCAAGAUCAGCAUUCCCCAACCCACUCAGGUCCAAUCCGAUUGGCUCCGAUGGUGAAGGUCAUAUGCCAGGCUCGUCCAUGCCGCUUUCUCCACCAACAACUGCCACCUGGAACAACAAUGGUUCCUUGAACGGCAAGCAACACCUACCCUCGUUGACGCCUUUGCCGCUGUCCCCACCAAUAUUGAAGCCAAGCAGCAAACCUCCGAUGUCAUUGAGCCAACCAAAUCCGACAACACGCACCAACUUUUCCCCAGUGACACCACAGGGCGAUUUCCCCGCAGAUUAUCCUAUAGCAGGCUAUCGCCACCAAGCAACUACAGCGGCCAGUCAUGGAUUUUCCCACUCAGCUUCUGCUUCUUUGACAACUUCAUAUCCACCUCAAGUGAAGCCUUCACGAGUCAAACAACGAUCGCCGAGCCAGCCUUCACUGCCAUCGUAUUUUGCAUCGUCUAGCGCACCUGCAGUCAAGCCCCCGUCUAUACCACUGCGGAUAUCUAGCAUUCCUGCCAACAGCAAGCCGCGCAAGCUGUCUUUACCGGUCCAUCGAUCGACAACAACACUCAAAGCCACGAGAGAUAGUUCGGACGAGAAGGAGAGCAUUGUUAGUCCCCGAGAUACAACAUCGACACCGCCCCGCAAAGUCAGCCCGCCGAUUCAAAAGAACAAGGCUCUGCCCAGCCCGCCAAUGAGCGCAGAAGAGGAGAUGCGCACGCGAGAGAAGGUCAAGGGAAACAGCCCACGGCAAGACUGGGGCAAGUACGCCAUCAACGGCAGUGAGUCGCCUCAGCGAAGGCCGAGCGACUCAGACAACAGAGCGGGCCAAGGCUGGGGCGACGCCCAAGAUCACAUCUCCCACCCAGGUAUCGCAGAACUCCACGCCUUUUCCACACCAACACAGUCUGCGCCUACCUCAGCAACCUUGCCGUACCCUCAUUCAGGCCCUGAUCUCCACACCCUGAUAUCCUCAACAUCCACCGCAGGACCAAGUUCCCAGCCCUUUCCCACCAGCCGCCCGUCCACCAGCAGCCGCAACAAAGACACCAGCAUACCCAAACCCUCCAAGUCCAACUCUUCGAAGACCAGGCCGGAUAAAGGCAAGCAGCCACAGUCGGAAACGAAUGGUAAGGCUGCAGCUACUGCGCCUCAACAGGCGAAUGAAGGACGGCCGGUACCCAUGAGUCGUACGCAGAGGGAUAAAGAUAGGAAGAAGCGGAGUAAGGCGACUGUGCUGAUGGAACAUGUGGAUAUCAUCAAGGACGAGUUCUGGGAGAAGAGGCCCUGGAUUCUGAGUGGGAAGACGGGUUGAGUUGGCUACGCGAGGUGAUUCAUCGACAAACUUCAGUUUUUUGUAGGGUUUUUUUUUGUUGAUGAGCUUGGUGGGUUUUCUUUCUCUUCUGGAUUCAUGAUGAUGAUUUUACGAUGGGG